UUUUGCAAAAAAUCCAUGCUGCCACUGGUCGGAUAUUUUUAGAAAGUUUUGUGUGGAGUUAACGACGGAAAAAUUGUGGAGUGAGCGCGCUCGAGUGUGAGUAGAGGAGCAAACUAUGGACACCACCAUGACACAGCAGAGAAAUCGUAUGCAGUCGUCAACAUCAACUACCAACAGCAGUUCUGCAUCAGGAAGUAUUAAUGCAAUACAAAGCGGUAGCGGCGGCGUCGGCGGCAAUAACAGCCAGGGCACUACGUCAGCAAUUGCCCCGGCUACAUCACCACCAACACCCAUCGAAAGGAAUACUUCCUCGUUUGCCAACCUUUUAGAUGGCUUUACGUCUCGUGUUUCGGGCGAUCGCCAAAGUCAAAGUGCUGCCAGCACUCCCAGCUCCAGCAGCUCAUCGGCAGCGGUAGGCCUCGGUGGUGGUGCCGCCAUUUCAACAGCAAGUUUGGUUAGUGGAGCAUUGGGUGGAGCCAGUUCCAUUGCAAGUUUGACAAGUAUAGGUUCUACGGCCAAUGCGUUUUAUUCCUCUAUUGGUUUAGCUUUCAAUUCAUUGACAUCACCGAUAACAGCUGCAGCGGCGGCCGCUUCUGCAACUACGGCAGAAGUGGUGGUUGCUGCUGCUUCGGCCAUUUCAAAUCAUCUCAGUUCACCGACCAGCACCACUCCGCCGCAUGGAGAACUUGAUGACGAAGAUGAAGAUUGUGACGAGGACGACGACGAGGAAGACGAUGGUGAAGACAGCCACAUCCCUGCGCCCACACCCAAGAAAAGUUGGUCUGAAAUAAAGGCAACCGUCAAUGAGAUACGAAAACAAAUGUCCAAGCUGUGCAGCAUGGUGCCCUCGAGCAUACAAUUUCGCACACUUUCCGACGGUCGCGUGCGUUGCUAUUUCUUGAGUACACCACCGAAUGCCUGGGAGACAACACUCUUGUAUACAGACAUUAAUUUAUCCAAUGCCACGACAACGACAAAUAAUACCGACGACUUGGCCUCGCCAGAUAGUCCAAAUGAUAGUGGCAGCAUACGAAUGGGAUCACCGCCGCCAUCGUCACAUGCAUCAUCGCCCACAAUGCAAUCGGGAUUUCUGGGAGGUUAUGGUAAUUUUGGCAAAAGACUUCAAUGGAAUGUGGUAUUGCAACAGCCUUUGUCUAAUGUGGCCACGGCCGGCGGGAGCGGUAUGAAUGUUUGGUCAAGGGAAUUUCAGCUAAUGCAGGAACGCAAACGUCUUUCGACUUGGGGCAUAACUUCAUACGAAUUGCACAAACCAAGUGGCAAAAUAGUGUUUCCAUGCUUCAAUGAUUUGUAUCAGUGUUUGGAUACUGGAUAUAAUAACAGCCCGCUCUUCCCCAUACAAUUGCGCACAUGCCCACAAUGGGCGGCAUUGGAUCCACAAAUAUGCCCACAAAAUUCCGAUUUAAUAGCAUAUAUAAGCGGAUGUGACAUUUGGGUAACUCAUACACUAAGUGGUCAUGAGGAACGUCUAACGUUUGCCCACGAUGGACGACGCUCCUUUGCCGAUGAUCCUCUUAGUGCCGGUCUGCCAUCCUAUGUUAUGCAAGAGGAGUUUAGCCGUUAUCAGGGUUAUUGGUGGCAGCCACAUUCUGAUGACGGCAUAUACCGCAUUGUUUAUGAAGAGGUUGACGAAUCGGAUGUUUGUUUAUAUACCUUCCCAUCGGCCCAUGCUGCACCGGGUGAAAUGGAAGAGUAUCGAUUUCCACGCACCGGCACCGCCAAUGCAAAAUCCAAACUGAAAAUGGUUCAAUUCAUUUUAAAUGAAUCCUUGCAAAUAAGCGAUGUAUGCAUCAAAGACUUGCCAUAUUCCUUGACAGGUGUACUGCCAUGGUUAGAGUAUAUAGUUAGAGUUGGUUGGACUCCAGAUUCUAAAUAUGUAUGGAUGGCCGGAAUGGACCGCAAACAGCAGCGUUUGGACUUAAUACUUAUACCAGUAGAUAAUUUCUGUGAAACAUAUAGUAGUUCCACAUCAUCACCAUCGGGCUCCACCGAUCAUAGCUGGAAGAGUCCAUUUUGUCGGACGAUAUCUCCUUUGCAGGUCAUAUAUUCUCAAGAAUCAGAAUCAUGGAUUAAUGUCCAUGAUCUAUUAUAUUUUCUUGAAAUUACCGACACCACAAUAACCUUCCUUUGGGCCUCCGAGGAAACGGGGUUUCGCCAUUUAUAUUUAAUUACAUCGAGCCUUUGUCCAAAGUCCCUAAAUGGCUGCAAUGAAAACAUUUCAGCGGCAAGCUCUUCUUACGAUAAUAGUCAACGCUUAAAGUUCCAUGGUGCAAAUACAGAAAAUCAAGCCGAUAUUAUGGAUGGAGCAACGCUACACCCAAGAAUUAUUAAUAAAGUCGCAUUAACUUCCGGCGAAUGGGAAGUGCUUGGUCGCAAUUUAUGGGUUGAUAAAGAACAACAGCUUGUGUACUUUUUAGGCUUAAGAGAAACGCCCUUAGAAAAACAUCUCUAUGUUGUUAGUUUACAAAGGCCUGAACAUAUACGGCAAUUAACAGAAUCUGGCUAUUCAUAUGUGGUAGAAUUUGAUGAUUCUUGUCAAUUAAUGUUGCAAAUUUACUGCAACAUUCAACGUUUGCCAUCGUGCAAAGUUAUGCGUUUAGUGCAAACAUGUCAAAAUGGUGGUGUAAAUGGCAUACAACUAUCAUUGAUGGGCUAUUUACAUGAAGGUGGAAAACCUGAACCCCAGUAUUGUCCACAAAUCUAUUCGCCACAACUGCCUUCGGGAGAGAUUGUAUAUGCCAUGGUGUUCAAACCGCAUAAUUUUCAAUUGGGUGUUAAAUAUCCAACUGUAUUGAAUGUUUAUGGUGGUCCAGAAGUGCAAACAGUUAAUAAUACAUUUAAGGGAAAACAUCAAUUACGUAUGCAUAUGCUUGCCGCUCAAGGCUAUUGUGUCAUUUGUAUAGAUUCACGAGGUUCCCGACAUCGUGGUAUUAAAUUUGAAAGUCAUAUACGUUGCCGUAUGGGUCAAGUGGAAUUAGCCGAUCAAGUUCAUGCAUUACGAAUAUUGGCUGAUCAACUGGGAUAUAUAGAUAUGAAUCGUGUUGGUAUACAUGGUUGGUCAUAUGGUGGUUAUUUAAGUCUUAUGGGCUUAGUGCAUUAUCCAAACAUAUUUAAAAUUGCUAUUGCUGGUGCACCAGUCACAAAUUGGGAAUAUUAUGAUACCGGUUAUACAGAGCGAUAUAUGGAUUUGCCACAAAAUAAUAAAUCGGGUUACGCGGCUGGUUCGGUGCUCAACUAUAUACCCCUAUUUCCUGAUGAAGAAAAUCGUCUAUUGCUCAUUCAUGGCCUCAUCGAUGAAAAUGUACAUUUUUUCCAUACAUCGCAGCUAAUCAAUGCCUUGAAUAAAGCAAAUAAGCCCUAUACUCUGCAUAUAUUUCCCGAUGAACGGCAUUCGUUGCGUAAUUUGGAAUCCAAUAAGAAUUACGAGACGAAGUUAUUGUCAUUUUUGCAGAACUUAUAAGAAGCCAGCAAACAAACUAGAAACAGCAGAAAA